AGCUCGCCUUUAAAAGGCUCACAGCGCGCAGUCACAGUGUCGGUGUUUGAUAAUUUUGCACUUGUUUCUCACUUUGCUGGCGGUUUUAGCUUUUGUCAUGGCUUUAUUCGGUUUCAGAAUGAUUUAGUUUCUUUUGCAGAGGCGUCGUUUUUCCGUGUAGCCCUUCAAUGAUUCGUUGGAAGAUGACUUGUUGUCGCCAGCUCGGCUUGUUUAUCCGCUUGUUGUUUUUAGCUUCAUUCGUCCAGAGCAGAAGUUUAAAGUGUUCCGAUGGGAAGCUGUGCUCGGACCGGCCUCCUGUGGUUCUGAUUCCAGGUGAUCUCGGGAACCAGCUGGAGGCUAAGCUGGAUAAACCCAGCGUCGUUCACUACAUCUGUUACAAGAAGACGGACGAGUACUUCACGCUGUGGCUGAACCUGGAGCUGUUGGUGCCUGUGGCCAUCGACUGCUGGAUCGAUAAUAUGAGGCUGAUCUACAAUCGCACUACUCAAACUACUGAAGCACCUCCAGGCGUGGACAUCCGAGUGCCCGGCUUUGGCCAGACGUUUGGCUUGGAGUACCUUGACCCGAGCAAACGCAGCGUGGGAAUCUACUUCUUUACUAUAGUGCAAGCCCUGGUGGAUUGGGGUUACACCAGAGACGAAGAUGUCCGAGGGGCACCUUACGACUGGAGAAAGGCUCCCAAUGAGAACAAGGAGUACUUCCUGAAGCUGCAGCUGAUGAUUGAAGAGAUGGCGCAGAAGUACGGUGGUCCGGUGGUCCUCAUCGCUCACAGCAUGGGCAACAUGUACACACUCUACUUCCUCAACCAGCAGCCACAGGCCUGGAAGGAUAAAUACAUCAAAGCGUUUGUGUGCCUGGGCCCUCCAUGGGCUGGCGUAGCCAAGACACUGCGCGUUAUGGCCAGUGGUGACAAUAACCGUAUCCCAGUGAUCAGCCCUCUGAAGAUCCGCACCCAACAGCGAACGGCCGUGUCCACGGCAUGGCUCUUGCCUUACGCGCACACGUGGCCGAAUGACACGCCGAUCGUCUCUACACCCAGCGCCAACUACACCGUGAACGAUUAUGAGCAUUUCUUCAAAGACCUUGGUUUUGAGGAUGGCUGGGCCAUGCGCCAGGAUACGGAGUCGUUGGUUCAGGCUCUACAGGCCCCUGGGGUUCCUGUGCACUGUCUGUACGGUACAGGCAUCGCCACUGCGCAGGCGUAUCGCUACAGCACGUUCCCAGACGCCGAGCCCGAGGUGGUGAAUGGCGAGGGAGACGGUACAGUGAACAUGCUGAGCGCCGUACAAUGUAAACGCUGGAUCGCUGAGCAGAAGCAGCCUGUGCAUCUGGUGGAGCUGCCAGGGAACGAGCACGUGGCCAUGCUGCUAAACUUCACCACCGUUAUGUACAUUAAAACCGUACUGUCCUCACCCUGAUGCGCACAACACUUUCACCUCCACGUUUUUAAUUUGCAGAAAUGACCUAUCGCACCUGACUGAAGGACUGCAGUUCUGCUUUUAUAAUGUCAUCCCCCCCCCCCCCCCCCCCCGAGGUUAACUACUACUACUACUGUUUUUAAAAUCUAUGGUUUUCCUUAGAAAAGCCCUUGGCUUUACUGACUGCCACUUUAAGAGAAAUGAGUGGGGUCAUGUUCCUAACUGAAAAUGCCACACUUCUGCUUUUUAUAACACAUCCUUGCCCUUUGGCGCCGAACCAUUUCUUGAUUUUCUGAUUUUGAAGGUGUCCGGUGGUUGUGGUUACCUGUAUCUUGUAGAGUAGUUAGAUGGAGACGUUCAUCUGUUUUGGGAGAGUCCUCUCUAAUGAGGAUCUGUAUGUUCGUUCUUGGGCAUAAUCGGAAAAGUGCAAUUUUGGAUUGUUAAAAAUCCUGUAUUUUUAAUUUGUAUGUAAAUGUAUUGAUUAUUUAAUGUUCUAGACCAAAUGUUCUGUGCCACUUUAAACUACCUUUCUUCUGCUGAUACUACUGCGGCUGUGUUUUUUUUUUUUAUUUUUUUUUUUUAUUUUUUAUUUUUUUUUUUAUUAAAGAACCAUUAAGACUGUUGGACUGAACCACUUCAUGUUUAUUCGAGUUGAAUGUAUUGCCGCUUUUCCACUACCAACGCGGCUGAGUAGGGCUGAGCUGAGUGGGGCUGUUGGAGUUGCAUUUCGACUACAACCGCGCUGAACCGUGCUGGCUGGAAGUGGGUGGACACAUUGGGUGGAGUUAGCGAAAGUGGGUGGACAUCACGUGAUGUCGUUAGGGCAUGUGUGGGCAUGUGAGGACACUCCUCACCAAUCAGUGCACAGGGGAGUGUCUCCUCACACCCCUAGCCCCACUCGGCUCGGUUUGGCUCGCUUCAGCCUCACUCCAAAACCAUGCGAGUUUUGGGUGCUGAGUAGGGCUGAAGCGAGCCGAGUCGUGCUGCUCGGAGGUAGUCGAAACGCAAGCCGUGUUGGGCUGAAGUGAGCUGAAAAAGGGUAGUGGAAAAGGGCCAUAUGACUCAAGUCGAAGACAGAUGGCCAAUAAUGUGGGGGGAGGGGUGGGAGUCUCGUCUCAUCUCAUCUCACUAUCUCUAGCCGCUUUAUCCUGUUCUACAGGAUCGCAGGCAAGCUGGAGCCUAUCCCAGCUGACUACGGGCGAAAGGCGGGGUACACCCUGGACAAGUCGCCAGGUCAUCACAGGGCUGACACAUAGACACAGACAACCAUUCACACUCACAUUCACACCUACGGUCAAUUUAGAGUCACCAGUUAACCUAAUCUGCAUGUCUUUUGGACUGUGGGGGGGAAAACCACGGGGAGAACACGCAAAUUCCGCACAGAAAGGCCCUUGCCGGCCACAGGGCUUGAACCCGGACCUUCUUGCUGUGAGGCGACAGCGCUAACCACUACAGGGGUGGGAGUCAUUUUAGUUAAAGUUUUAUGGAUAAAUUGAGUCUAAAAUGUACAUCAAGCAUUAUUGUUGGUGCCAGUUUGUCAUAAUUUUCAUUAUUGCUCAACUGAUUCAACAAGUUUCUUUUGUGGAAAAAUAACAAGGUUUAUCUCCGAUGCGAAAUGUACCCUGAAUUUUAGAAUGACCCAAAUAAGAAAAUAUGUGGCUUAAAAAUGCCAUACUUCUCCUAGGUAUAAACUUUUCAGUGGGCGCGUGCACCAUUAUAUAUGUAAAUAGCCUUUAUAUAUCUGAAGAGAUUCAUAAGCCUUUGUGUUCAAUUUGGGUGGGUUUUACUCCUUUUGCUGUACUACUGUAAAACCUGUUUAUUUCAAAUGUGUCCUUACUGCAUUUGUUGCAAGUCAUGUGUGUUUUUAUCCAAGUACUUGCUUAAUUGUUGGUAUAAGAAUCAAACAAAAGGAUUUUUUUUUUUUUUUAAAUUUCUGUAGCCAUUGGUCAUAUUUCUGCUCUUAUUCUGAUAAAGGGGUGGGUUCUGGAGGUCAAACAAAACAAGAACUCAUGUUAGAUAUGCACUUUUUUUUUUUUUUUUAAAUUUUUGCAUGCUUUGUAACGUUUUAUUUUUGGUGGGUUAAAGGGAUGUGGGAACUCUGAGUGAGCAGCUUCAGUCAGGUGCUGCUCUAGAAAGCCAUUUCCUCGGUUCUGUGACUGACUGAUUACUGUAAGCCCUUACAAAACAGUAUUCAUUUUAGUUAUAAAGAGAAAAUGCUCUUGUGCCUUUUUAAACUUAUCACGAGUGUUCGUUCAACCAGUGUAGAAUACAAUAUGGGUUUUACAGCUAACCUGUCUUGUCUCAUUGACUCCUUUUUCUCAGGUGUUGUACAUACAAACAAGGCCUUGGUGGCUCAGCAGUUAAAGCUGUACAGAAGCUCUACGAAAGCUUCCAUCGUUAAGGCCCUCAGUCAGGUUCCUUCAACUUUAAGCUGGAAAGGUCAAUUAGAAGUUGCUUUGGAUGAAAGGGUCUUCCAAAUCAGUAAAUAUAACCAAUACAGUUGGAGUUGACUAAUAGGGUUCAGUGACAUUUAAACAAGGUGUAGAAUAGCUAAUGGGAUGGUAGGCGUGACCUUGGCCUCGACUGGCUGUCGCUAUGAGGAACAUCUAAACCCAAUAGACAGGCUAUAAUUUUUGGAGGCAGUACCAGAAAUCUCUGGUGUUUGAGUCAACCUCUGCAGCUGAGGUUAAUAUGGUGGUUAGAAACCCACGAUCAUGGUGAAGCUGCAGGAGUGGAUGAGAUUUAGCCAAAGAUGUUUAAGGUACUGAAAAGGUUUGGGGUGGUCAUGUGAUUAACACCCAUCUUCUAUGAUGCAGCAGUGCCUUCAGACUGGGAAAACUGGGAUGGUGGGCCUGCUCCCCCAACCGAAGAGUGUAUGCUGACCAAUUCAAAAUUCAACUUUUUUUUUGGUCCGUAAGUGUCCAUAUAAAAUAAAUAACGGCAUGAAGAUCUUUUCAUGUUGAAGAAAAUUUUCACUGGUUUGCUUGGCUUGUGAAUGUGUUCACCACUUGCAGAUGAACUUCAUGUCUUUUGCAUAACUAUGUAGUAUCUAUGUAUAAUCUCACCU